UUCCCUCCCCUUCGCUCCGUCGUGGUAUAAACGACAGAAUGAGGUUGGCCUCGCAUUUAGUAUUGCUCCCUUGCCUCUUCACCUCCUUUCUCUCUCUCUCUCAUCGUUCGUGAAGGGCACCAACCAUGUGGUGGGAUUCAGCUGAGACUCUGGGAAGGAUAGGAUGGGGAGUGGUGGGUCUGUUGUUGUUGCUGCGGGCUUGGAGAGGGUUGGAAUGGCUUUGGUGGACGCCGAGGAGGCUGGAGAGAGCGCUCCGAUGCCAAGGGUUGAGGGGCACCCGCUAUCGUUUCCUCCACGGCGACCUCAAGGAGACUGCCCGGCUCAACAAGGAGGCCCGGUCCAAACCCAUGCCUUUCUCUCACGACAUCGUCCCUCGUGUCGCUCCCUUCUUCCAUCGCGCUAUCAAGGAAAACGGUAAAAUUUCUUUUACUUGGUUUGGACCUGUACCUAGAGUAACUAUUAUGAAUCCAGAGUGGGUAAGGGAAGUAUUGUCCAACAAGUUUGGCCACUUCGCAAAACCACAGAUAAACCCUCUUGGACGGCUGUUAGCUACAGGACUUGCAAAUUAUGAAGGUGAAAAAUGGGCCAAACAUAGGAGGAUUCUAAAUCCUGCUUUUCAUCUGGAGAAGUUGAAGCGUAUGUUGCCAGCAUUCUCUGCUUGUAGUGGUGAAUUGGUUAACAGAUGGGAGAAAUCGAUUGGUUCUUUGGGAUAUUAUGAAUUAGAUGUUUGGCAUGAGCUCCAGAAUUUUACAGGAGAUGUGAUCUCCCGAACAGCAUUUGGUAGCAGCUAUGAGGAAGGUCGACGGAUUUUUCAACUUCAAACGGAGCAAGCUGGGCUUCUUAUUCAGGCUGCUCAGACUGUGUAUAUUCCAGGAUACAG